AUGCCCUAUGAGGAUAGUGGACGUCGAGCUCAGACAACAAGGUAUCUGGCCUCAUUGCCGCACCAGACGGGACGAAUCGUACUUAAACUCGACAUUCGCAACGGUAAUGAGUUCAAUGCUGCCACCAUGACCCCCACCAGUAAAGCUUUCCUUCUUCUCAGCCUAGCCACGCUAUAUACAAGCUCGACAGCUUCAACUGCCAACCCUCGGCCACGCGGUGUUGGCCCUGAGUUUGCCAAAUAUUACAAGGAUGCGUCGACCUUCACAUGUAUAUCAAAUCCAUCCAUCAAGCUUUCAUUCUCCGCUGUGAACGACAACUAUUGCGAUUGCCCAGACGGUAGCGACGAACCCGGAACCUCCGCCUGUUCCUUUAUAUCUUCCCUCUCCCCUUCAUUCGUAUCCGAUCCUGGUGAUGAGACGAGCAAUCGAACGUCAGCCCUACCAGGAUUCUAUUGCAAGAACAAGGGACACAAACCGGCAUAUCUUCCAUUUCAACGUGUGAAUGAUGCUGUAUGCGACUAUGACAUAUGCUGUGAUGGAAGUGAUGAAUGGGAGCAACCUGGAGGUCUAAAAUGUGAAAACAAAUGUAAGGAGAUUGGAAAGGAAUGGAGGAAGCAAGAGGAGGCAAGGCAGAAAUCGCUCAAUGCCGCGAUGAAGAAACGGAAAGAGCUUGUUCAGAAGGCAUCCAGGUUAAAAAAAGAGGUGGAAGGUCGGAUCAAGGAUUUGGAGGUAGAAAUCCAGGCCUCAGAAAUCAAAGUCAAGGACCUCCAGAAAGAACUUGAUCAGGUGCGAGCAAGGGAUAGGGGGAAGGCCGCCAAGGGAAAGAAACAGGGCAAGGUCAAUGUUCUUGCAGGACUUGCAAAGAACCGAGUUGAAGAGCUACGGACGUCCUUGAUAGACGUCCGCCUCCAGAAAGACAGACUUCAUGAUCGACUCGAUGCGUUGGAGGGAAUUCUGUCGAAAUUCAAAGAGGAAUACAACCCCAACUUUAACGAUGAGGGCGUUAAGCGCGCCGUGAGAAGCUGGGAGGAUUACGUUGCCACGGGCUAUGAGGAUAAUACAGGCCCUUACCAGGACCUUGACGAAGUCACCAAGCCCGAUGGUCCUGAUUCUGGCAUCAACUGGGAACAGUGGGAGAAUGAGCAGGACGAAAUUGAGAUCCCUCUCGUCUACAAGCUUGCGGCAUAUUUGCCACCUUCCGUCGCCAGUUACAUAGAGGAUAAACUGGCAGACCUAAGGUCGUUCCUUGUCUUGAACGGUAUUCUUGCUGAAACGGAUAGCGAAGUAAGUGAAUCCCAAGCCGUGCGGGAUGCUCGUGACCGUCUUAGCGCUGCAGAGUCUUCGCUUGACAAAUUGAGAAACUCUGUGAGAGAUCACAAGACGGACCUCGCAAAGGAUUUUGGCAAGGAUUCCGUAUUCCGUGCACUGAAAGGCAGCUGCAUUUCAAAGGACUCUGGCGAAUACAAUUACGAGCUCUGUUGGAUGGAUAGGACAACUCAGAAAUCCAAAAAGGGUCGAGGCGAUACGAACAUGGGUAACUUUAAUAAAAUUACCUCUGUGACCAUUGACGAGGCUACUGCUUCGGGGCAGAUUGUUCCGCGGGAGAAAGUUGCGCUGCAAUUUAUGAAUGGUCAGACAUGCUGGAACGGCCCGGCAAGAUCAACCAAAGUUGUGCUGGACUGUGGAGAGAAUGAUGAAAUCGUCAAAGUUACCGAGGAUGAGAAGUGCGUCUAUUCAAUGUAUGUGACCACGCCGGCGGUCUGUGAGCUCAUCAGCAGUGAUGAGAAGAAUAUGAGUGGUGGAAAGGAUGAAUUGUGA